AAGGAAUCUUCAGUACUACAGAGUGCAGGUCCACUAAAGUCAUCGAGAGACUAAGUUUUAAUGAUGAUCACCACCAAUCUACAGAUCCAAAUAUUGAUAUAUUUCUACACACUACUCCUCAUGACAAGUCCAUCUCUGGCUUUUAAGCUUUGGAAGAAGAAUUCCAAGACACAUCAUGACAUAACUGUUGAUGCAAUUUUACAGACAACAGCCGAUGUCUGUAAAUUUCAAGCACAACAGGCGGGAAACAAUUUUGUUAUGCCAAGCCCACUGACAAUAGCAUCAGUGGCAAAAGCUUGUAAGUCUGAUUCAAUCACUUCGUUUCAAAAAAGCAUUAAGAAGAUAACCAGAUCCAAUGCCUGGAUUGAUUUUCGGUAUGUUGCUAAUGGAAGUUACCAUUUUGAUGAUGAGCUCUUCUUGUCUGGACGUCAACUUAUUACUGAUGGACUUUCUGCUAUCAAAUUCAAUGUCAAUGAUCAGAGCUAUGUAACUGCUAGAGAGGCACUUGGCAGCAUCCUACACACCUUGCAGGAUUUUUACAGUCAUAGUAACUGGAUUGAACUAGGACAGAGAAAACCUUACUCCAACCUGAUUAAACGAAACGCCCCAAUCAGCAACAUAGCAGAUAGUGAAACAUGCAGGCCUUGUAAUAGUGAUGUCUGCAGAGGAAACAUCCUGGAAGACAUCAUUAACCAGCAGAAACUAACAUCAGGAUACUUUGGCUUUUCCAAACCAAAAGGAAAGUGCAGUCAUGGAGGAUUUUUUGAUCCAUCAAGUUGGGGUCACGGUGGCAUAAAUAAAGAUGACUUAAGCUCCACUCAUGGUUAUCUCCAUGGCAUAGCAGCAUCAGUAGCCACUGCUGCAUCCAAAGAACUACUGCAAGACAUUCGAGCCACAGUUGGAGAUUCUACGUUUCUUAGACUGAUGGGACUCAGUCAGACUUCAGUGCUGUGUUUUGUUAUUGACACCACCGGCAGCAUGUCUGAUGACAUUGCCGAGGUCAGGAGAGUUACUUCAUCCAUCAUUGACAGUAAAACAGGCACAGCAACUCAACCUUCAGAAUACAUCCUCGUGCCAUUUAAUGACCCUGAUUAUGGCCCACUUACAAGAACAACUGAUCCUAAGAUAUUUAAAAAACAACUCGGUGCGCUUACAGCGUCUGAUGGAGGAGAUGCUCCUGAAAUGUCUCUCUCGGCACUCCAGCUCGCCCUCACUGGAUCUCCACCGCAGACUGAGAUUUUUGUUUUUACCGAUGCUGAUGCAAAAGAUAAAAGUUUGAAGAGCACUGUGCAAGCAUUGAUUGAGAUAACAAAGUCUAAAGUGACCUUCAUGCUAACUAACGCUUUAAGUUUUCGGCGUCGCCGGAGUGCCAGGGCUGUAGAUGGCCAACAGCAUGUCUCCACUCGGCUUUCAAACCCACAAAAUCAGGUCUACCAGGACCUGGCUCAGAGCUCUGGGGGUCAGGCUAUUGAGGUCACCAAAACAACCCUGGACCAGGCUACUGACAUUAUUGCAGUUUUCUCCAGAUCUACACUGGCCACUCUUUUUCAGGCUGUAAGAAACCCAGCGAAAGCUGAAAACUUUUCAGUCUUUGUGGAUUCUUCUGUGCAAAACCUGACAUUUUACAUCACAGGCAACUCUCCAAAUUACAAUAUCACUAGUCCAUCAGGAGUCUCACAAAGCAGUGCUGAACUGAAUGGGACAUUGGGGCCUAUUCAAAAAGUUGGAAACUUUCAUAAAAUGCAACCAAAUGUCUCAGACAAGACUGGACUGUGGCUCUUCAGUAUUAACUCAACACAACCCUACACCAUCAGAGUUGUUGGUCAAAGUGAGAUUGACUUCCUCUUUGACUUUGUGGAACUUUCACAGGGGCUUCAUCCAAGCUAUGCUGUAUUAAACAGCAGGCCUGCAGCAAAAACCAAUGUCACCCUGUUGGUCUCUAUGAUCGGUGGGGACAAUGUGACGCCUACAGAGGUGUCUCUGGUAGAAACCUCAAGUUCAAAUGCUUUAAAUGGGACACUGGAAGAGGUAGCCAGUGGGCAAUACUUGGUGACCUUCAACAGCACCCCAGCAGGAGAGUUUACUGUCCGUGUAGUUGGACAGAUCAGUUCCACUAAAUCUUCAGAUAACAACUUUCAGAGGCAAUCACCCACUCAAUUCCAAGCAUCAAAUGUGACCAUUACUACUCAACCUGUUGGAACAACAGAACCAGGAAAAAAUUUCACUCUGCCUUUCACAGUGGCAACCAACGACUCUGGAGGAAGCUUUAAUAUCAGAGUUAGCAAUGAUCGCAAUUUUGCCGUUCACUUUAACACGUCCAUAACUCUUGGAAGUGGUGGCAGCGCGAAUGAUUCAGUAACGCUGAUUGUUCCUGAAAAUACCUCUUCUGGAAUUGAUGUCACUGUGACAAUCCAGGCUGAAGCACCUGAUGGAAGCAACUCCAACUACGCUGUGCUGCGGCUUGCUGUCAUUGCACCGGUAACAGAUUUUACUCCUCCAGUAUGUGAGGCAGUUAGCGUAAAUGCUAACUGUUCAGGCAACUGCAGUCUUUCCUCAUGGUACCUCACUACUAACGUGACUGAUGGCAAUGGAUCAGGCCUACAGAAUGUGAGAAUCCUCCAAGGAAACGGCAGCCUGGACACCACCACUGUGCUCAAUGACACAGGCGUGAACGUCACUGUGGUAGUCUACAACUCCUCUUGCUGUUCCCUAGACCUUGAAUUGGUUGCUGUGGAUGCAGCAGGAAAUGUUGCCACCUGCUAUAAAACUGUGCGAGAAACAGAACCAAACAAUAGCACUGUACCCCCUGUAACAACCACCAACACCACCACAACUACAAUAUCCACAACUCCUCCCAUCAACCAAACUACUACUAAUCACGCUGAAUGUUGCUUGUUUUUACCAGUCUUCCUUUGGCUAAAUGUAGGAAUCUCAUUUUACCAAUUCAUGCAGCUUUAAGGGGAAAAAAAAGUGGAAAAUAUCUGAGUCUAAAUAAUAUUGACAUGUUUAUGGUUAUAUAGUACACAUUGGGAAAUUAUAUUCAUAUUGCAUGCAUAUA